GAAAUGCCGUAUUUGUGAGUCCGGUGAGGUAUAAAAGAGAGAGAUUUCCGUGUUUUCAGACAGCAAUAUUGUCCCCAAAAUGUCUAUCACUAGACAGCUGUUUCGUGAAUUCCGCCCUCUCUUCCGAAUGCUCGAGGAGCCUAUCACUCGUGCUCCUACCUCAUAUUCCUUGAGGUCUCACCCUUUCUUCGAUGACCCCUUUUUCUCAUCCCCAGGUUUUGGCCGACCUGCUGUUGAUGUGACAGAGCAGGGCAACAAGUAUGUCGUUGAAGCUGAUCUUCCUGGUGUCGCGAAGGAGAACGUCGAGGUUCGAAUUGGCGAAGGAGGUCGCAGCCUUACUAUCGAGGGAAAGGUAGUGAGCAAAGCACCGGAACUGGAGCCAACGCAAGCCUCUGAAGGCGAACAAGCGUCUUCUACAGAAGUCACUAAAACCGAUGCUCCCAACCAAAUUUCUGCUGAAAGGCAGUUCUGGAGUAAUUCUUCAUUUACUCGUACCGUCUGGCUGCCCCGUCUAGUCGACAGUAACGGUGUUUCUGCACAGCUCAAGGAUGGUGUUUUGACCGUGACCAUUCCAAAGGCCGAAGACAAGGCCAGCGUAGUCGUACCUGUGCAGUAGAACAUUGUUUUUUGUAGUAUACUUGUAUAGUAGUAUCCUUUGUAUCCCAAAAUCUGUAUUUCCCCACUCAUGCAACGC